AUUUUAUUUAAGCUCCAUGAAACGCCGCGUUUUGUAUAUUUCUUUGACGAAUCCUUCUUCACGUGUCGUAUACUCGUCGUAAGGCCUCUGAAAACUGAGCCUAUCGCCGAUCAAUUCAUCGGCGACUCCACUCCGGCACCGUUAACGGCGACUGAACUGAUAGUAACAAUAUGAUAAGAGCAGUGCUGGUGAUGAACACGCAAGGGAAGCCUCGUCUUGCUAAAUUCUACGAAUUUCGGCCUGUGGAAAAGCAGCAGGAAAUCAUCCGAAAUGUGUUUGCAGUCUUAUGCAGUAGACCUGAACAUGUUAGCAAUUUUGUGGAUGCCGAGUCCAUCUUUGGCCAGGAUGCUCGACUUGUCUACAAGCACUUUGCAACUCUAUAUUUUGUUCUCAUAUUUGAUGGUUCUGAAAAUGAGCUUGCUAUGCUUGAUUUGAUUCAAGUCUUUGUUGAAACACUGGACAAAUGCUUCAGAAAUGUAUGUGAGCUUGAUGUCGUGUUCAACUAUAGUAAGAUGCAUACUAUACUAGAUGAGAUUAUUUUCGGAGGCCAGGUGUUAGAGACAAGUUCAACCGAGGUUAUGAAGGCUGUUGAAGAAAUAUCAAAGCUUGAAGCCGCAUCCAGUGCAAUCAAUCUUGUUUCGAAAUCUGUUUCUAGUUGGAGGUCGCGGUAGUAUGAUUCCACUUAAGCUUAUAGAAGGAAUUGCUUUCACAUAUGCGAGAGGUUUGGCAGUCGAAGUAUCUCGAUUAGGGAAGUCAGGUUGAAUGUAAUUUUGUUCUUCUAAUUGAAGCAAAAACUGACACCCUCAAUCAGUUGAGUUGACCAUGGUUGCUGCUGAUAUUUUCAUGAUGGGGUUAGUUAAGCAAUUGGUGAAUUUUUAUUUUCCUACUUUUGUUGGUUGAAAGGAACCAUGUACAACUUUACUGUGCCCUCAAUGUUCCCAAUAGAUCCCAAUUUUUGUUUACUUAUUUAGCUGCAUUGACUUGAAAUGUUAAUCCUGUAUAAAUUUACAUGUUGUAAUUUAUGAAGAAUAUUGGGUUUCUUGUGUCA